AUGUGAUUGUGACGCAGGCGCAGAGAAGUAAACAUUACAUCAUCUCAUCAAGUGAUCAUACCAAAACAAAUCGAUCGGUUGAUUUUAGCGGUGUUUUUAAGGGCGUCGGAGUUUGUAUCAAAAAGGGGAGUAUGUCAGAGGAAGAAGCCGAAGGCUCCAUACAGGUGGAAGAUACAUCUGAAAAAGAAAACAUCGAACCUCCGUUAAAGAAAGCAAAAUUAAGGGAAGACAGAAAAAGCGAUCGGCUUGUAAAAUUGGAGGCUCGUUUAAACGACAUCCUUAGCUGUACAGUUUGCCUUGAUUUACCCACCAAAUCGGUUUUUCAGUGCCGAAAUGGACACCUGAUGUGUGCCUCAUGCUUCACACAUCUCUUGGCUGAUAGCCGAUUGAAAAAUGAGCAGUCAUCAUGUCCCAAUUGUCGAACAGAGAUCAAUCGCAAUAUCUGUUCACGUAACUUAGCAGUUGAGAAAGCUAUCUCAGAACUUCCUGCAGAAUGCCCAUACUGCAAUCAUGAACUGCCACGGAGCCAUUUGAAAAACCAUGAGGAGAAGGAAUGUUUAAACAGGCCUGUGUGUUGCAAGUUUAAAAGGAUAGGUUGCCUGUGGGAGGGUCCAUUUCACAAGCUCAGGGAUCAUGAGGAUAAGUGUGAUCACCCCAACAUGACUGGACUGCAGCUGAUGGAGUCACUAGAAGUCAUAGAUAGGAAUCAUAAAGAUGAGCAGGAUCUCUUCCAAAACAUUCUCAACUUGCUGUCCUUUGAAAAGAUUGCUAUAAAUGACUUACAGCUCAAGCCAUACCGUUCAGAUGACUUUAUCCCACAACUCUGUUAUGAAAGCAGUAGAUUCAAUGCUCUGGGUCAACAGUGGGUGGUGAAAGCAACUGUGGUUGGAAAUGAGAAAAGUGUACAGAGGGUCUUGACCUAUCAACUUGUACAGAAAGGCAAAGUCAACCUCAAUGUGAAAUUCCUAAUGUUACGAAGCCCAUUCAGUGACUUGCUUAUCAAACCUGAAGUUCAUCAACAAGAAUUCACGAGUGAUUUGCAGGAAAGCAGUCAUCAUGAUCUUGUACUUUUGGACCCAAUGGAAUGCAACAGAAUGCUGGAUGCAAAUACAAUAAAGUUGAGAAUGAUUAUCUUUCAAAUCCCAAGCUCAGAAAAUGAGAAAUAAUUUUGCUAAGAAGAUGCAGUGAACAUAGAUUAGUUUAACAUCUGUAUCUUAAUUUAUCAACGUACUGUAACCAGUAUUUGUGUGAUGCUCAUGUUAAUUUGGUAUUUAUCUUUAAGUAUAAUUUGCAUCUCUUCAGACUUAUGUGUACCAUCAUGAUUCUGUUGAGUAGUAUAUUAUUUUCCCACAGAUAUAAAAGAGAGCUCUUGAAAAUCACUCUAAUUAUUAAGAAAACAUGGUCUUCUUACAAGAAACAAAUUUGAGCAAAAAUGAAUUGUACUUCAAGGCAAUAUUUGUUCACUAUUUAAGCAGCCGGUUUGCUUGAGUUAAACGUCAGUACUGUUAACCAGUUGUCUAUCUCUUAUUGGCAGCAAAGGUUAGUUGGAAAGAAUAGUAUCUUUUUGCUGCCAAUCCUUUUUCUAUUAUCAUCUCUCUACAGGCUACUACCGUGAUCAGACAAAUUAAUUUAUGACUUUUGAGGUAAAUAUACUUUUAAAAGUGAAAGACAGCAAAAUAUAUUUUCAGAUUUCAUCUUAACUGUUACUCUGGUUGGGUUCGGUAAACCAGUGUCCAUAAUGUUGUUAAAUGGUACAAUUUAAUAUUUAGACCAAAUGAUAGAGACCUGUAUUGUGAAUACCCAAACUGUAUGUAAAUAGUGGUAACCAUAACUUAGAAAACUACAGGACUGGGCCGGAAAAAAAUUCAACAAAGAUUAACAGAAGUCAUUAAUAGCAGCAAGUGAGUUUUGGCAUAAAAUAAAGUGUAUUUACAUGCAAGCAAUGAAAGGUCACAUGGAAUGUUUAUUUAUUUGAAGGUUUACCUGUUGCAUCUACAUUUUUGAUUCUAUGUUACUUAAGUUUCUACUUUAAGUUGACACUGGUCAAAAUACCCUGUGCAUUCCUUUGAGUUUCUCAGAAAACAAACCUUUAUCUACAAGCAAAAGUUUGCCUUGUUUUUUUGGAUAAUUUUGUUGCCCUGCAAGGUGCAGUGUGCAUGUCAUUUUAAGGCAAUAGUGUGGAGAUAUUUUGCAUUUUCUAUUUGUGAAACAUUUCCCUUGUGCAACUUGAUUUGGUUUAGUUUACCUCCUUACUGCUCUCCAAUCAGUGUUUUCUGGUAUCCAUACUCUAUGCCAUGAAACUGCAAUAUACAUGCCAACAUGGACAAGACUGCCCAUGUGCUGCAAUCACUGUUUUAAAAUAUUUUUGAAGUGAAAUUCAGUCAGAUGGUUCAAUUACUUGUGCUCAGCAUUUUUUGGAGAACUGAAGAAAACAAAAAAUUGUUUUCGUUUUCUUCAGUUCUCCAUGUACCAAAACAGUGAAAGUUACCUCGCACUAGUGUGACCCAACUUAUUUGACUAAAACGUUUUUGUUUGUAAUCGUGGUGUCUUUUCCUAAAGGAGUUAUAAACUUAUCUCAAGUGCAAUCCAUGCCCAAGUGAGUGUGUUGUGAGGUAAACUCAACAAAUUAUACUGCUGAUAGAUUUGUAGAGACUUGAAUUGGGCUUAGUUUUGUGUCUGAUGCUCAGUGACCUCUUCCUUACUUUCUUUAAUUAUUUCUUUUAUUCAAUAAUUACUGAAGAUGAGAACUUUAACAGCUACAUGAUGUUACAUCAAUUGGAUUGAUUUGUUACAGGAUUGCUGGGGUGUCUGACAUCCAUAGAUUUUCCUGUGGUCAUUCAAAUUAAAAAAAGAAACGCAGUCAGGGUAGUCAAUGAAAUGUCAUAAACCAGAGUAAGAGUUUACUUUGAGUUAAUUUUAUUUUUGUUAAUGAAUUCACAAUCACUAGGUUAAAAAAGCAAUUAAGUGUACCAUGUCUUAAUUCUCCAGCAUUAAAUACACU